AGCGGUUCAUUUCCAGUUACGUACUCACAAAUGCCAGUCGCAGAAUCGCGUCGUUUUAUCGUCUUCGUUUCUCCGUGUGUGUGUAGUUUCUGUGCAGCUUACUGCUAUUAAGUAUUAAUAUUAAUAUUGUUAUAACAUAAGGUUAUACUUUAACUAUAAAUGUGUAAAAAGUGUGCUCGAAUCUAAUCGACCCUACACACAAAAUCCAAAAGGAAAAAAUACGACAGCAGCAGAAGCUACGAAGCAAACCAGUAAAAGAAGAAGAAAAAGUAGUAGAAGAAAGAAGAAAAAAACCGGUGGUUAGCGCAUACUCUUGUCUGUGUCGUCGCUUCGUUCGGUCGUUCGUUCUAUUACGUGCGUGUGUUGGUGUUUCACAGUUUAUAAAUUAAAUAUAUUCUGGUGCUGCCAUAUCGAAAGAAAUUUGUAUUUUUAAUAAAUACAAAAUAACAGGCAAAAGCCAAUACAAGUGUGCUUCAGUGUCAACUGCCAAUCGCGAAUCGCCAAGAAACCGGCUAAAAAGCGAUUUCUCAACAGUCUCUGCCCACCAACGUAAAGUCCAACUGUAAACACUUACCACAAACCACCACAAGUCCAAAAAACAAGCACAAAAAUGACGACCAGCAUUCCACAAGGUACACUUUUGGAUGUACUCAAGAAGAAAAUGCGUCAGACCAAAGAAGAAAUGGAAAAGUAUAAAGAUGAAUGCGAGGAAUUUCACAAGCGCCUGCAGCUUGAAGUUGUCCGACGUGAAGAAGCCGAAUCUGAGGUCGCUGCAUUGAACCGUCGCAUUCAACUGCUCGAAGAAGACUUGGAACGCUCUGAGGAGCGUCUGGGUUCCGCCACAGCCAAGCUGUCGGAAGCCUCUCAGGCCGCCGAUGAGAGCGAACGGAUACGAAAAGCGCUUGAAAAUCGCACAAAUAUGGAAGAUGACAAAGUAGCUCUAUUGGAGAACCAAUUAGCGCAAGCAAAAUUAAUUGCAGAAGAAGCUGAUAAGAAAUAUGAAGAGGUGGCCAGAAAAUUAGUGCUCAUGGAACAGGAUCUGGAACGUUCCGAGGAAAAAGUUGAGCUUAGUGAAAGCAAAAUUGUGGAGCUUGAGGAGGAGCUGCGCGUUGUGGGCAACAACUUGAAAUCCCUUGAGGUCUCUGAGGAGAAGGCCACACAAAAAGAGGAAACCUUUGAAACGCAAAUCAAGGUUUUGGAUCAUUCCUUGAAAGAGGCUGAGGCACGCGCUGAAUUCGCUGAACGUUCCGUUCAGAAAUUGCAGAAGGAAGUCGACAGGCUCGAAGACGACUUGUUGAACGAACGCGCCAAGAACAAACUGCUGCAGGAGGAGAUGGAAGCCACUUUACAUGACAUACAGAACAUGUAAACAAUCAAUUUGCAGCUUAUGUAAAUUAACUAAACUGCCUGCUUUGACGUCAAUACAGAAAACUGGCGCUUUCCAUAUUAUUAUAAUAGAAAACACAAACAAACAAACACACACACACACACACCCACACAUAUACCCAUACUAAGGCACACAGGACAACGCCAAGUGUCUUCCAUGCCGUUAAAUUUUUGAUAAACUUUUAAAUGAAAACGUUAAUUAUUUUAAGCGGUAAACUCAAAGAAAAGCAGACAAGAAAGAAACAAAAACUCUUACUUUAACAAACAAAAACAAAAACAAAAAUAUAUACAAAAAUCAGAAGAAAAUCUUCUGCUUCUAUUAAGAGCAUUCCAAAAUUUCUAUGAGUUUCAACAUUCAGAUUUUCAAGCAGUGCAAGCUGUUGACUUUCCGCCGGCCCACGUUGCGCUGCGAAUGGCAUGCGGUUGCUCGCAGUCAUUUGGAAUGGCAAAAUACAUAAGAAUUAAAAAAUGGCGGCACUUUUAAACCCUCGAUGCCUUACAACACUGUUGCAAUAUUUUGUUUUAACUUUCUUUCUAUUUGCUUUAGUUAGCCCUCUUCUACAUCUUGUUCUUUUUCUUUUGAUAUGGAUCGAAGUAAUUAAUAAUUAUAGAUGACAAAAGACACAACUUGCGAAUUAGUUUAUGUGUAAUUAUUUAUACAAAUGUAUGUGUAAAGUAAAUGAAAAGGAAAGAUUCGAUUUGUAUUUUUGUAUUUUUAUUUUUGUCGCCAGCUAAACUAUUGUAUUAAUUAUGCUAAUAUUUACUUUGUUUAUACCAUUUAAACAAAUCGUGUUUGCAAAACGUUGUGUAAUAUUUGCUUACUUAUAAGUUGCCACGCCUAUUUUUUAGACACAAAUUCACAGAAAAUAAACAAAAACAAACAAAAGACAAAACACUAUAAAAUGACACGCACUCCAUUCCAAUUGCAAGCAUUCAUGAUUAGACAGCUAUUGUUAACUUUCUAUAUUUUAUUUAAAACUUAAACUCUAUCUAUCUUCGAUGAAAAUGUGUUCUUGCCUCAAGAAAAAAGAGAGCAAGCUAAAAAUAAAAUGAACCUAACAUAAAAUGGCAUUAAAUGAAAGAAUCGAAAAUUAAA